AUAAGGCCAUUCGCACAUGACACGUCGGCUAAGACGCUACUAUCGCCGGGUAUUUCGUAUACGCGAUUUAAAAAAAAUAAACAUGGAGAAAUUGUUAGUUUUUAUGUGCUUGUGUGCGUGCUUUCAGGGUUCAUUGCAGCUUGUCCCGUUGCCGGACUUCAUCCACCCUUGCGCGGAGCUUACAGACGAAUGUUUCACGAAAGCCACAUUAGAUGCUAUCCCCGGAGUGGUCAAAGGUAUCCCGGAAGCGGGCAUCCCAACUCUGGACCCGCUAUACCUGGACAAAAACAUCACCAUGGACUUACCCGGGAACGUCAAAAUGACAUUCCACAAUGGAAAACUGAUCGGUCUGAGCACAUGUAUCCCGGAUAAAGUGUCAUCCCGUCGUGAAAAGCGAACCUUUGUAUUUGACAUGCACUGCAAUUUCACAAUCCGAGGUCAAUACAGUAUAAUGGGCAGGAUCUUACUCUUCAACCUCAACACUGAUGGCAACGCUAAAAUCAAAAUCUGGAACCAACGUAUCCGUCUAGAAGUAUUCGAGAAAGUAGUAAAAGACGAUAAAGGCGAAGGACAUUAUAAGAUCAACUCAUACAAGUACAAAGCUGACUAUGGAAGCGAUCUGAAAUUGAACCUUACCAACCUGUUUAGAGGCAGCCCUGAAAUCAGCGCCAACAUCCUCGAGGUUCUAAAUUCAAAUUCGCAGCUAGUCGCCCAAGAGUUCGGCGGGCCUAUUCUGGACUACGCCAUAGACUACGCAAUGAACGUCACACAACGAUUCUUCAGCACGUACACAUACGACCAACUCUCACAUGUGCCGCUCACAGAUGAAUUCUUCGAGAAAAGUUAAUUUGAAUUUAGAUUUAGAUUUAAGAUUCGCUGUAGCCAUGGAUGAGCUUUGAAUUUUUUGUUCUUAAAUUUAGGUGACAAUGUGGCGAAUUGGUCAAAGAAGGUUAAUGUCACAGAUAAAAAAUCUAGAAAGGCAUUCUUUAUUUUGAACUGUAAUUUAAUGAAGUAGUAAGUAUUGAUGAUAAUUUAUUGUUAAAGCAAUCGUUAAAUUAAAAUAGCAAUAAUUCACAAUAUCUAUUGCACACAGUGUCAACGCAUCUUUAACCCAAAAAGUCAACACACUUAUGCCACACAUUGCUUUGAAAGUGGAAGUUACAAAAUAGCGUACAAUCGUUUUGUAAUAUUGUUGUGAUAUAGGUAUUCGACUAAUAAUAAUAUUGUUAUUAUUUCGUAUGCAAGUGCAGCUGCAAAAAUUAGCAAUAUUUGUGACACUGAUGAUGUUAUAAAAUACAAACGACGUUUUUUGUAAUCUGUGGACAAAUAUGCAUAUUGCAUAGACAAUAGAUCAUGACAAAUAUGGAAUGACAAAAUUAUCUCUCUACUAAUAAAUAAAUAAAUUAUAAUUGUUUUUUUUUUCUGAGUUAUGAAAUACUCUACAAUUUAUUUAAACAUUCCAUAGAUUUAUUUAAGUAGUUUUAGAUAGAGCAAACGAUCUUACUUCUUCGGUAAAACCAUAAUAUCAUCAUAGAAUAUUCUCGAAUAUUCUACACCAAAGCAGAAGCCCUUUGUCCUACAAAAAACAAACCUCAAUACAAGUAACGCAAGCGUAUGACAUAACUAUUAUUGCAUACCGUUUGUAUGAAGAACGCAACGCCUUGCGAAACAAUGUCAAAUGUUCAUAGCUAUCCAGUUCUGUAGUCCUGGUAUUAGUUACUAUUUAAGUAUUAAAAUAUUAAAAAUUAA